AUGUCCAAUCUAGACGUUGCAAGCCUGUUCAGCGUUAAGGGGAUGGUGUUCGUUAUAACUGGUGGUGGAUCAGGUAUUGGUGCCAUGUUCGCAAAAGCGCUUGAUGUAAACGGGGCGGCAAAAGUCUACAUAGUUGGCCGAAGACUUGAAAAGCUUCAAGAAGUUGCAGCUACUGCUCCAAACAAAUCCAUCGUCUCGAUUCAAGGCGACAUAACCUCCAAAGACUCCCUCGCUGCCGUAGCAGCCCAGAUCGAAAAAGAAUCCGGAUUCGUAAAUUGCGUGGUCGCAAAUUCAGGUGCUACAGGCCCCGACUUGUAUGGUCUGCCUCGCGAUCGUCGACCCGCGUUCUCUGAAAUCCAUAAGUAUCUGUGGGAUACGCCGAUGGAGCAAUUCAAUGACGCGUUCAAUGUCAACACUACUGCGUGCUUUUACACUUUGGUCGCAUUUUUGCCGCUAUUGGAUAAAGGGAAUAAGAGUGACGUGAGCAAGGCUAGCGGAGUGAAGAGCCAAUUUGUUGUGACGAGUUCCAUCGGCGCAAUGAGUAGGAGACCUGGGAUGGGAUUUGCCUAUGCGGCAAGCAAGAUGGCGGCUAUCCAUAUGAUGAAGCAGAUUGCUACUAUGAUGGCGGAUUGGCGACUGGAUAUCCGAGCGAACAGCUUCUGUCCAGGGGUGUAUCCAAGCAAUAUGAGCCAGGGCCUGAUGGGCAAGGAGGACCUCACGAAAGAGGGUUCUGUGAGUCCGGAGAUGAUUCCUUUGACACGAGCGGGCACGGAGGAGGACGCUGGUGGUGCACUGCUGUUUCUGUGUAGUAGAGCCGGGGCGUAUAUCAACGGGAAUGUGCUCAUUUCGGAUGGUGGGAGGAUGUCGAUUGUGCCUGCGACGUACUAA